AUGGAUCAUUUUUCGCCCGUGGUAGAGAGCCCAACGCCAGAGGAACCACCAUCACCAUCGCCGCCGGGCCCUGCACCUAACAAAAAAGGUGCUCGCUUUUGGCUCAUCUUCGUCGCAAUUGCUUUGACUACAUUCCUUGCUGCCCUCGAUACAUCCAUCAUUUCCACCGCUUUACCCACUAUCGCGGCGGACUUGGGUUCUGAAUCUCUUUACGUAUGGAUCAUUGACUCCUAUCUCUUGGCCUCAACAGCCACUAUCCCCAUCUUCGCUCAAGCUGCCAACAUCUAUGGCCGCCGUAGCCUUACUCUCAUCGCUGUUUGUGUCUUCACACUCGGCAGCGGCCUAUGUGGCGGUGCGCACAACACUGCUAUGAUGGUCGGUGGUCGCGCUGUCCAAGGUAUUGGCGGUGGAGGCGUUCUCACCAUGUCGGAAAUAGUUGUGUGUGAUAUGGUCUCUAUCAGAGAAAGAGGCAUGUAUGCGGGUAUCAUUGGCGGAGUAUGGGCCAUCGCCGCAGUCGUCGCUCCUGUCAUGGGCGGUGCUUUUGCCCAAAACAUUUCCUGGAGAUGGAUCUUCUACAUCAACUUGCCCAUCGCUGGAGUUGCCCUUGUUGCAUUGGGUUUGUUUCUCAAACUGACUCGGCCGCCAUCUGGUACUUUCAAGGAGCAGAUAAGCAGGAUCGACUGGGGAGGAAGUAUCCUCUUGAUUGGGUCCGUCGCGUCCAUUGUCCUCGCUUUGAGCUGGGGUGGUUCUGAAAAUGCUUGGUCAGACUGGCAAACCAUUUUUCCUCUUGUCAUAGGCCUUGUUGCUCUCGUCGCAUUCUUCGCGUACCAGGGAGCUCCCUGGCUGAAAGAACCGACCAUGCCCCUAAGACUAUUUGGUAAUCGGACAUCAUCCACACUGCUUGUCAUCAGCUUCAUCCACAGCUUGCUGCUGUACUGGAUUUGUUAUUUCCUCCCAGUCUAUUUUCAGGCCGUCAAGGAAGCUAGCCCUACCCGCUCGGCCGUCAUGUUGUUCCCUAUUGCCUGCACCAGUGCUCCUGGAGGUGUCGCUGCUGGCAUUACCAUCACCAAGACGGGCAAGUACCGCAUAUGGCAUUUCUCUGGGUUCGUCCUCAUGUCAAUCGCGUGCGGCCUGUUUACUCUCCUUGAUGAGAACUCUUCCACUGGACGAUGGGUAGGAUUCCAGAUCGUCUUUGGACUUGGCACUGGGUUUGUCUUCACCAGUACUUUGCCUCCAAUUUUGGCCAGUCUUCCUGACUCGGACGUGGCCACAGCGACUGGCGCAUGGACCUUCAUUCGGAAUUUUGGGUCUAUCUGGGGUGUUGCAAUCCCAGCUGCUGUAUUUAACAACCACGUCAAUCAUGCAGCGCCCGACAUCUCAGAUGAAGGAGUCAGGAGUCUUCUUGUAAAUGGUGGCGCAUAUGAACAUGCGACUCAAUACUUUUUGAAGACACUUGACUCUAGUCCAAGACUUAAAGAUGAAGUGGUUCAGGUAUACUUGAAUGGGCUAAAGGUUGUCUGGCAGACAUCCAUCGCUUUCUGUUUGUUGGGCUUUUUACUUUGCUUCUUUGUCCGUUCACUGACAUUGCGAGAUGAGCUGAACACGGAAUUCGGGUUGCAGGAGGAGAAAAAGGAGUCUAGUCAGAUCAAGUCGAGUGAAGAAGGUGUCGCAAGAACCUGA